UCGGUUCUAUCGAGGUAUACACCACUUUGAUAUAAAGUUGAACUGAUAAUGGAGUACUGAUAUUGCAAAGUAGUAUAAAGGUAACAGCUUUUAGGCUCACACUUUAUUUGCUGCAAGAUCACUAAGGGGCUACUUCGGCAAAAUUCUGGCGGGAACUCAGCCAUGGGGGAUGGCCCCCGGCGGGAUGGUGGAAACGCACAAAACUAGGGCACCAUGCAAACCCUAGCAGAGCAAAAACUCAAGCUUCUUCUCACGUUGUUUCUUUCACAUGAUGAGGAUAAAGAUAAUGGAGCAUGAACUAUUCCUUCUUUUGGGAAAAGUUCCCUCACAGGAAAAAUUUUGAAAUGCUUCAUUACUCCUUCCCUUUGUGCUUCAUCUCGUAAUGUUCAUCAUUACACCGAUCGCUCGUUGCCUUACCCCCUGGGCGGCCUCAUCGUACUGCUAGAUUGCAGUCACGCAAUUAGCCUGACAUCAUCCCGCACCCUGCUGACUGUUCUCUGGUCCGACGGCAACCGGUGGCGUUUCCUGUGGCUUCCUUCGGGCCCCUGAGCUUUUCUUGCUAUGACUUACUCUUUGCCUGCAGUUGUCAGUUCGAGCCACACCUGAGGCCGAUUGGGACCGCCUCACAUUUUUUUUAGGACAGCAUUUGCAAAACACUUCAGUGACCCAGAUGGGUGAUCGUUCUCAUUCUUAGCCUCAACAACUUGAUAUGGUGCAGAACUUCCCCCAGCAGCUCACGGUUCCUCAUAGCCAGCAUCAGCAGCAGAGAGGAGGGCUUGGAAAUGUUGGUAGUAUGGCUCAGGUUAAGUUGGAGAUGCAAAUUGGCUCUAGUGAUCAGAGUUUCUCUGGACAGCAAUUGCAAACCAUGCGAAGUAUUGAUCCUGUUAAAAUGGAGCCUCAACAGCUACAGUCUGUGCGAAGUUUAGUUCCAGUGAAGUUGGAGCAUCAACAUACAGAUUCUUCAAUGUACUUGCAGCAACAUCAACAACAACAUUCACAGCAGCAAUUGUUUCAAAUGUCAAGAUCGACGCACCAUGCUGCUAAUGCUACCACACAAAUGAACCUACUGCAACAGCAAAGGUUAUUACAACUCCAACAACAACAACAACUUUUUAAGGUGCAUCCUCAAUGGGCACAACUGCAACAACAGCUGCAGCAUGGUCUUCCAAUCCGACCUCAAAUGAAAACCACAACGUAUGAGCCUGGAAUGUGUGAAAGGCAUUUGACCCAGUACAUGUAUAACCAGCAACUCAGACCAGAAGUAGGUUAACAUUAUCAUUUAUAAAUUCUAUUUUCUGGUUUAUACUUUAGGAGUAAUGUUUAGUAUGCUGAUUAUAUGAUUGAGUGGUUGUUUGUGCUGAA